UACAUUUCAAUAAUUAACACUCCAUUCUACAUCUUCUUCUUCUUCUUCAAUUUCAUCAAAUCAAUCCUUUUCUUCUUCUUCAUUAAAAAUGGGUGUAGCAACUUGUUGUGAUAUCCUGAUAGCAAUCUUGCUUCCUCCUUUGGGAGUUUGCUUCAAGACUGGUUGUUGCAGUAUGGAAUUCAUCAUCUGCUUACUGCUAACAAUUUUGGGUUACAUCCCUGGAAUCGUGUACGCUAUUUACGUCAUUGCCAUUCAAGAUCGCAGUGAACUUGGUGGUGAACUUCACCGCCCUAUCAAUGAUGCAUAGUUUCUUCUAAAUCUUUCUUCGUGAUCCCAUUUGGUCUGGUCUGCGUAAUUUUAUUGAUUUUAAUUUUUAAUUUUCACUUUGCAGUGUGAUGUGUUGUUGUUCUUAAAUUUAACUUGAUCAUCAAUAAAUAUUAUGUUUGAAUUGAACCAA